CAACCAGCUGCUCGAUCGGGGAAGAAGAAGAUGCAGGCGGCGAAGGAGAAGGUGAAGGACGGCGUGAGCGCGGUGAAGGCCAAGACCAAGAUCACGCAGGGCAAGGCGUCAGAGAAGGCGGAGGCGGCCACGGCGAGGUCGCACGCGGAGCGGGAGCCGGCGCACGAGCGCGGCAAGGCCAAGGUCGCCGCCGCCAAGAUGGAGCUGCACCAGGACAAGGCGCUCCACCGGGAGGAGGCCAUGGAGCACCGCAUCCACAAGCACGGCGGCGGCCACGGCCACCACCACCACAAGCACGGCGUUGGCAUCGUGGCCGCGCCCGCGCGGCCGCCCGGGGCCGGGGCGUACUACUCUACCGCUGCCCGUGGCCACUACUAAGUAGCUAAGCAGCUCGCUAGCUAGACGGGCACAUGCGCCGAGUGUGCAAUGUGAUCUUGAUAGCUAAGCCUGUACUUCGUACUGUUUGUGUU